UCCUUCAGUAACAGCGUUAACAAAGAUGGCGGCGGCCGCAGCAUCUCUACACUUUUCUGCUCAAGUUUCAUCUUUAAAUAAUUACAAUGAUUUACAUCCGGAUUGGACACAGAGGGAAGUUAGCACAGGGACCACCAUCAUGGCUGUGGAGUUUGAUGGUGGGGUGGUGAUGGGUGCAGACUCCCGCACGACCACAGGCUCUUAUAUCGCCAACCGCGUGACCGAUAAACUGACCCCCAUCCAUGACCGGAUCUUCUGCUGUCGCUCUGGGUCAGCGGCCGACACACAGGCCAUUGCCGAUGCUGUCACCUACCAGCUGGGCUUCCACAGUAUCGAACUGGAUGAAGCUCCACUGGUCCAGACGGCAGCCAGUCUGUUUCGGGACAUGUGCUACAGAUACAGAGAAGAGCUAAUGGCUGGAAUCAUCGUGGCUGGGUGGGACCAGCGUAGAGGUGGUCAGGUGUACACUGUACCUGUGGGGGGCAUGUUGACUCGACAGCCGGUGUCAGUAGGUGGAUCUGGCAGCAGCUACAUCUACGGAUACGUGGACUCAAACUACAGAACUGGCAUGAACAAAGAGGAGUGUCUGAAGUUCACUGCUGGAGCGCUGACUCUGGCCAUGGAGAGAGACGGCUCCAGCGGUGGGGUGGUGAGAAUGGCUAUCAUCACAGAGAAGGGAGUGGAGAGACAGGUCAUACUUGGAAACCAGUUGCCACAGUUCUCCACCGUCUGAAGAUGUCAUGUGUCCCUUUACAUGGUUGUCACAGAAGGAACAAAUGCACUUCAGUCAACCUUCACACUGGCUUGUACUUUACAACCUGAUCCAAUAAAAGCUUUUCUUUGGA